UGGGUUUUAUGGAUUCUUUCGCUUAGAAAUAAGUGGUCACUGCUUGUCUUAAAAGUCAAUGGUCAGUUUCAAGAAAGCAUCUUAGGAAAGAGAUCGUUCCUAAGACAUAACCUAUUUCUAAGAGGAGUUAACGCUAGCUUUCGAAUCUGACGAACCUUCUUAACUUCUUUCCUUAACUUUACGAUAGUACCACCCAAAAUUGAUGAUAACACCACCAGCUCCGACAGAGAAGUUAAAGAGGGGAGUCACGUGACCCUACAGUGUCGUGCUUCAGGGAUUCCAACUCCUAAUAUAACAUGGCGACGAGAAGAUAACCAACAGAUAAUGCUGGGAGAGAAGAAAGUUAUGAAGGUGGUUGGAGACAAGUUGGACAUUCGAAACAUCAAGAGGACACACAUGGGAGCCUAUCUAUGUAUUGCUUCCAAUCAAGUUCAGCCUUCCGUUAGCAAAAGAAUCUUGGUUCAUGUAAAAUUUUCACCCAUGAUCUGGACAAACGAACAAGUAUUAGGAACAAGUGUUGGGACGUCUGUUACUCUGGAAUGUCAUCUAGAAUCCUAUCCCCCAUCGGUGACCUACUGGACGAGGAAUGAAGACACCUUGGUUAUCUCAGAUUCAAAGCGGGAUGUGAUGACGGUUGAAAUAGGCCUGUACAAGGUUGAAAUGAGGUUAAGGAUACGAAAUGUGGACCACGAGGAUUUUGGACCUUAUAGAUGUCAUGCUAAAAACUCUUUGGGCGAAGUUGAAGCCUCAAUUAAGUUACAUGGCAUUCCCUCUUCUCAAGUAUCAUCCACUGUGAAGUCAGAGGUUUAUCAUAGACAGAACAACCAAGAAGGAUACCAGCUUAUUCAGAACGAGAAAAUAUCUGUUGACUCUCUGAGGAACUCCCUAAACGACAAACGAAGGAACGGUGGGGUUCCUAAUGAGUCUUUGGGGACCGGCAACACGUUUAAUAACCAGUUUCCUUCAUCAGAAAACAACUUAAUGGAACAAGAGAAAGAAGCUGGUCUGACAGUUCCGAGUGGAUCCUCAUGUGUGAAGAUUUUGUCUGGCUUCUGUUGGAGAAUGACAAUGGGAUUACUGGCAUACGUAGUGUGUACUAGUACGUCACCACUUUUGUCCUAUUUACCAAAUCCUUAGACCGUUCGGUAAUAGAUGACGUCACAGUACUUUAAAAGUGAAGAUUCAACUCUUCAAAGUUACAGUUUUCUUUCAACAGUAUAUCUUGUUUGAGUUGAAGCAUCUAACGAAGAGGACAGUCAUCAUUUUAAGUGUUAUUCCAGAUAAUAUAAUGUAUUGAUAUUCUUUCUGCGGUGUAUAUCAUUUUAGUCGAAGCAUCUAGCGACAAUAAUGUUCACAAUUUUAUUGUUAUUCCAGAUGGCGUUAUCAAGCUGUAGUAAGUCAUUGUAUAAGGGUUAGGCCUUUUUUGUAUAUAUAAUAGUGUGGCCUUGGGAGACCUUAACCUUGUUCACUUAACAAUUUCAAGGCUUUUGCAUAGUUUGUCAUAGAUGUUUCAUUGAAGCAAGUUAUAAAUUACAACUCAUAAACAUAUUGCAAAACAAAACAAAACAAACAAAAAAUGUGCACAACCAGAUAGGAUAUCUUUCUAGUAAAAUAAAUUGAUUUAUAUAAACUAUUUGGACGAACAUUUUCAGUGAGCACACUUAUAUUUCGUCUUUUAGAUUAAGUUAAGUGAAAAGUUUAAAGAACUGAUUUACAUAUGACUCUAUUCAGCAGGAGAGUGUUUUACUCAUCACUAUCAACUCCGUUAAAUCAGAGACGACAAACUUUGCAUUUAGCCACAAACAGAGCAAACAAAUGCUAAAACAAAGUCCCCUUGUUAAUGUCAUAUUUUUCUGAAUAAAAUUUCGAUCAAAUGCUUUGUACUAAAUAUCUUUGUUUAAAGCAGUCAAUUUUUCGCAUAUUCUUUUCUAGUUUUUACCACAUUCGUCUUUAUUUAUUGCAUUCGUACGUAAACGGAAAUGUGCUUUAUAUUCAUGUAUUAUCUAAGUAUAAAAACUGGAUGGCAAACAGCGUGUAGUGACAUUAUUGAGAGCAGUAAACAAGUUUGUGUGAAGAUCAAAAUAUACAUUUAAUAGAGAUUAAUUGAAAUGCAUUAUUUGUUUAUUAUAACAGUAUAUUGUAUAGGUGUUUUGCUCUGAUAAUUACGAAGUAGGAAAACUACGUAUUAUUAAGAUUUUAAACUGUAAUAACUGUAAAAGAGCUCACAGAGAAAAACAAUUUGUAAGGUAAUGGUGCCCAACUUAAUUGAAAAAAAUAUAUACAAAUGGAUACAUUUGUUUAUCUUAUUUUGUUUAUUUUUUUUUGUUUUAUGACAAAUAAGUUAAAUAUAUCAUAUACACACGUGCAUUUAGUUCUGUUUUACUGCUUACUCUAAAUAAAAACGUCAGAAAAAAAUCUGCGAUGCCCUGCUAGAAGUGAACUCCCCAUUAAUAGUUUAAAAUUAAACCAUAUAUGUUAAGCCUAAGACGACACUUGUGGAGGUUGUAAAUAACGCAGCUGUUAAUAAAAAUACAACGUUUAUCGGUACGUACGUAACAAAUGUUUAAACAUGAUACCUCCUUCAGUUUCAUUUUUUAGAUGUUUACUGUGUACAUACAAUGAAACGUCGGAUUUCCUUUUAACACGUUUUAUCCGAGCGAUAUACGAUUUAAAUUACACAUACUUCUAAGUUAGGGGAUUAUACGGCUAAAGUAACAAAAAAUAUGUUUAGUCAUACAAUUGGAAAUGUCAAAGAAUUCUGCUUGAAUGUAAACAUCUCACUUUAUGUAUAUUUUGAUGUGUAUAUAACUAUUCGAUUUACCUCAAACUUGUCUUGUUCUUAAACUAAUAUUUAUGAACUUAUUUUAUUAAUUUCUUUGGAGUCAAGAAGUGCCAAAUUUUACGUCAUAUUCCAGCCCCUGUCACGUCAUGGUCAUACUAGUUUCAUUUAGUUUGUAUGUAUACAUAAUGUGUGUCUAAGUAACAGUUUAAAAAAUUAUUGAUCUUAUAAAGUAAAAUGAAAAUCGUUCCAUUAUUAAAUAUUCGAAUGUCUACUACACUGUAAAUAUGGCGUUGUGUUUAAGUUUACAACAUUGUUAAUUUUGGAUUUCUGUUGGACACGAGAAAAGUUUUGUGCACGAGAUUUAUGGCUAUCGUCAGUAUAAAACUCGUGUCUCUGAUAAGGUUUUGUUUAUUUCUGAGUUCCAUGUAAAGUUCUUGAGACAAAUCAACGUGUUAAAACCUAAUUAUUAUAAAAAGUAUGUUCUAUUUCCCAAAUCUGGUUCUCGUCUUGAGAUACGUCAACGUGUUUAAACCUACUUAUCAUAAAAAGUAUGCUCUAUUUCCCAAAUCUGGUUCUCGUCUUGAGAUACGUCAACGUGUUUAAACCUACUUAUCAUAAAAGUAUGCUCUAUUUCCCAAAUCUGGUUCUCGUCUUGAGAUACGUCAACGUGUUUAAACCUACUUAUCAUAAAAAGUAUGCUCUAUUUCUCAAAUCUGGUUCUCGUCUGAUGCACUGGAAUACAGCUGUUAGUUGUUCGUUGAUAUGAAACUUGGGUAUAUAUUGAUAACAGCUAUGUUAGAUCUGUUUUCAAAUUUAGUGACAUUAGUUGAAAAACCAGUCGUGUUUAAAACAUUAUGAAUUUAGCAAAACUUGUGAAAAAUCAGCUGUAUUUAAAAUGUAUGCUGUUUGUGAAUUUACUGGCACCUUAUUUCAAAAGCAUGUUGUUUAAAAAACAUUUUAGCAAUGAUUAUUCCGGAAUAAGUUUUAAACAGCUAAACAAUGUUUAUAAGACAAUUUAUUUAUAAAAAUAAUAAAAUAGGAGCACUAUAGAUGCAGACCAAAACUUCAUAUUUAGCUUUCAAAUCUUAUUAAACUCGCAAAAAGAAAACUAAACGUAGAACUAAAACUGGGAUAGGCUGUUUGACGUAAUAAAUGGUUGUUUUCUUAACUUUUAUCUAAUGCAAUACAUGUUUCCUGAGCUACUGGUUGGCUACUGGGCAACAUUAUCAGAUAUUUCUGUGUACUUCAAUAACUGUACCUAUUUAAGUUCGCUGUGAUGCAGAUUGUGGUUUUAGUUUAUAGAAAUAGGUAUUUGAAGCAUAUUAAAGAUAUACAAAAGGAUGGUUACAAAGGCAUGGGAUUUUUAGAUCACAUCGUUUUCAAGUAUAUUUCUUUAAUAAUUGCUUUCAAUUCUUAUAGAUCUCUGUAAGCAAACAUUAAUACAAAUAGCUGGUAUAUCUUUGUGAUGUAAGUAUAAAAAUCCAUUUCUACCAAAAACCUACUGUGUAUAAGACCCUUAACUAACUCGAAUAACUUAGUCACUUGUUCGUUCAACAGACUUCUCAAUACAGACUACGAUGUCCAAGUCUUUCAUGCAUAUAACGUUUCACUUCUUCUCUACACAUUUGAUCUUAUUUAUCAUUGGUUAAAUAAAUGAGGAUUCAUGAUAUGAGGAUUUUUGUUAUUUUUGAAGAUACUUUUCUAAUUUCGUCGUUAAUGUUUUAAAACAUUUCUGAAGUGUAUUAUUUACGGUCACUCUAUAAAUUACAUAUUGUUACUGUUGAUGAAAAUAAUCAAAUAGGAUUGAAUUUUUCACGGUAAUUAAGUGUUUGGUUCUUAAACGGUAACUACGAGACAGUUAACACAUAGCUACAUCCAUAUGAUUAAUAUAAAAAGAAACUAACAAAAAUAUUUUCAUUAAAAAUAGAAGUUUAAUAGGUUAGACUGUAAAAUCAGAAAUGUCUUACAUCAACUUGAGGCAUUGUGCACAGUUAUAGCACUGCCGAAUAUUAGGGUUAACUUUAUCAUACAUCCUGGCUUUCCUACUUAUACCUACGUUACUUACCAGAUCAUACAUCUUGGCUUUCCUACCUGUACCAUACGUUAUUUACCAGAUCAUAUAUCCUGGCUUUCCUACCUAAGCCUUACGUUAUUUAUCAGAUCAUACAUCUUGGCUUUCCUACCUGUACCAUACGUUAUUUACCAGAUCAUAUAUCCUGGCUUUCCUACCUAAGCCUUACGUUAUUUAUCUGAUCAUACAUCUUGGCUUUCCUACCUGUGCCAUACGUUAUUUACCAGAUCAUACAUCCUGGCUUUCCUACCUAUACCAUACGUUAUUUACCAUAUCAUACAUCCUGGCUUUCCUACCUAUACCAUACAUUAUUUACCAUAUCAUACAUCCUGGCUUUCCUACCUAUACCGUACGUUAUUUACCAGAUCAUACAUCCUGGCUUUCCUACCCAUACGGUAGUUUAGUUACCAGAUCAUACAGCCUGGCUUUCCUACCUAAACUUUACGUUAUUUACCAUACUCUAUAUAUAUAUAAUUAACGUAGUUGCAUAUUCAAACACUUUAUCGUAGUUUACAUUUACACCUGGAAAUACAAAAACUUACGAAAAGCUGCUUUCCUCUACUGGUCAUAAUGAGAACUAAUCCUUGAUAAUAGUUUCAUAUUUUCCUGAAGUUAACCUAUAUUCCACAACAAGAUAUAACUCAUUCACAUAACAUGUUUGAUAACCACCCAUUCCUAAGUAUUGUCUUUAUUGGAAAACAAGUUGCUAUUUAACUUAAGUAACUUUGGUUACUAUGAUUAAAACAUCAAGUUUUAAACCGUUUGAAGACGCUUGAUUUUUUUCAAUAUUUAGAACGUGAUGGAUGAAAAUAAAAUCAAUUAAAAAACAUAAGCGCCAUUUUUGCAGUGUACAGUUCUUUCUAAUUUAAUAUAAUUGAAUAAGUGUAAAAUGUGUGGCAAAGCUGUUUUAAGAAACUACAAAAAUGUAUUUUGCCAGUUUAGUUGUUUUGGUUUUUUACUGACUAGCUCGAUGAAAUUCGAAUCUCAUUGUGGAGUUGAAAUUUUUUCGCAGAUAGUUCUUGAUUUAUUUAUUUGAAUGUAGAAUGAUGUACCUUUGCUUCACUAAAAGUAAAUAUUUGUUUAAGAAGCCGAUAAAGAAUGUAAGUUAAUCUCCUGUGAACAAGUAGGAAAUGUGAUGUAGCUACCGUGACGUGCGCAAAUAAAAUUAUGUUACAAUAUA